CUUCCUUUUGCUCCGAGGACGUGAAGCGGUAGCAUGCCUCCGAAAGAUGAUAAGAAGAAGAAAGAUGGGGGUAAAGGAGGCAAAAAGGACAAGGAUCCAGUGAACAAAACUGGAGGAAAGGCCAAAAAGAAGAAGUGGUCAAAAGGAAAAGUACGAGACAAGCUGAACAAUCUGAUCCUGUUUGACAAAGCCACUUAUGAUAAACUUUUGAAAGAGGUACCCAACUACAAACUGAUCACACCUGCAGUUGUCUCCGAAAGACUAAAGAUCAGAGGUUCUCUGGCCAGGGCUGCACUUCAAGAGCUCCUUUCAAAGGGUAUGAUCAAGCUGGUGUGCAAACACAGAGCUCAAGUUAUCUACACUAGAAACACCAAGGGAGGUGAUGCCCCAGCUGCUGCAGACGAUGUCUAAGGUUCUGGAAUGGAUGACAAGUGAAGAUAUUGUAUACAAAAAAUAAAAAGUAAAAUACUCAAAAAA